AUGAUACUUUCUGUCUACUUCUAUUUGUUUUUGCUGAAUGUUUGUCGAUUAGAUUGCUUUGUCGCAGUCGCCUUGCUCAAUGAUAGCCAUGGAGACACUCUUGUAUCAGCUGGUGAGAGAUUUUGUUACAACGAUCCAUCACCUGGAUACUUCACUUUUCAGAUGGAUCAAGAAGAAGACAUUCAUGGACUCAUCUGCGUACAAGAAGAUCCUAAUGAUCGUCCUGCAAUUUCAAAUGUUGUUUUCAUGCUUGGGAGCAGCGAUAUAGCCACUCUUCCGAAUCCGAAACAACCGGCUUUUAUCCUUAGACUUUGCCCUUCAUCAAGCAAAGCUUCUUCAUCUACCAAACCAGACACUUGCUCCCAAAAUGAGCUUACCAUAACUCUUGAAGAUGGAAGAUAA